AAAAAGAAAAACCAGCGUGUAAUUGAUGUUAUCCCAAGAAAGCGCGAUCUCCACCCCGCUCAGCUCCAAGCCCUUCAGGUAUAAGGAGGUAAAAAAAAAUCUUUCAAGAAUUUGUUGCCUUUUUGAGGGUUAAAACAUCAGAAGACAAGCUUGUCUCGCCUUGGCCAAUCAGCUCGCGGCCCUGGCAGCUAUAAUAUAGAACUAAAGGCAGACUCCUCUCACAAGCGUCUUGCUUUGCUACCAUUAAAAUCAGACCCUUUUUUUGUCUCUCGAUUGCUGUCUCCCGACCAAACUCCGAUGUGUUCCGUUAUCAGCGACCUAAAGCCUGCCAUUCCAGCACCUGUCUUGCUAGGGAUCGGUGGAUAGUAUACGAUUCAGAAAGCAGACAAGGACAUAGGAGGCGAGAGAGCUCUAGAGAGACAGCCAGGGAUAGGCACAGAAAGCUUUGAAGUAAUUGGAUUCAAUGGACGAAAUGCUGCUGUUGACAAGAAUUCUCUUGGUGGGCUUCAUCUGCGCUCUUUUAGUCUCCUCUGGGCUGACUUGUGGACCAGGCAGGGGCAUUGGAAAAAGGAGACACCCCAAAAAGCUGACCCCUUUAGCCUAUAAGCAGUUUAUUCCCAAUGUGGCAGAGAAGACCCUAGGGGCCAGUGGAAGAUAUGAAGGGAAGAUCACAAGAAACUCCGAGAGAUUUAAAGAACUAACCCCAAAUUACAACCCUGACAUUAUUUUUAAGGAUGAAGAGAACACGGGAGCUGACAGACUGAUGACUCAGCGCUGCAAGGACAAGCUGAACGCCCUGGCGAUCUCGGUGAUGAAUCAGUGGCCCGGGGUAAAGCUGCGGGUGACAGAGGGCUGGGACGAGGACGGCCACCACUCCGAAGAGUCCCUGCACUACGAGGGCCGCGCUGUGGACAUCACCACCUCGGACCGGGACCGCAGCAAAUACGGCAUGCUGGCCCGCCUGGCCGUCGAGGCCGGCUUCGAUUGGGUCUACUAUGAGUCCAAGGCGCACAUCCACUGCUCCGUCAAAGCAGAAAACUCGGUGGCGGCCAAAUCUGGGGGCUGCUUCCCUGGCUCGGCCACAGUGCACCUGGAGCAAGGCGGCACCAAGCUGGUGAAGGACCUGAGCCCUGGGGACCGUGUGCUGGUUGCCGAUGCAGAGGGACGGCUGCUCUACAGCGACUUCCUCACCUUCCUUGACCGGGAGGACGGCUCUCACAAGCUCUUCUAUGUCAUUGAGACACGGCAGCCUCGGGCCCGGCUGCUGCUGACGGCUGCCCACCUCCUCUUUGUGGCCCCCCAACACAACCAGUCGCAGGCAGGGACCCUCAGCAGCCAGGCGCUCUUCGCCAGCCGUGUACGGCCUGGACAACGAGUCUAUGUGUUGGGAGAGGGAGGGCAGCACCUCCUGCCAGCGGCCGUGCACAGCGUCUCACUGCGAGAGGAAGCUUCGGGAGCAUAUGCCCCACUCACUGCCCAGGGCACCAUCCUCAUCAACCGGGUGCUGGCCUCCUGCUACGCCGUCAUUGAGGAGCACAGCUGGGCACACUGGGCCUUCGCUCCCUUCCGCCUGCUCCAGGGGAUGCUGGCCACCCUCUGCCCUUCCAGCGGGGGGACUCCCACGGAUGCCCCCACCUCCCCUGGCAUCCACUGGUACUCUCGCCUCCUCUACCGCAUUGGCAGCUGGGUGCUGGAUAGUGACUCUCUGCACCCUCUAGGCAUGGUGGUGCCGUCCAGCUGAGAGCAUCCUGUGCUGCCCCAGCCACCAGUCAGCCUCCAAGGGAGAGACAGAGACACACAGGGAGAGAGAGAGAGAGAAAGAAAAAGGAGGAAAAAAGGAAUAAAAAAAAAGAAAAAAAGAAAAGAAAAACCUAAAAAAAAAAGAAAAAAGAAAAAAAAUUACAUAUUUUUAAAAGAGCACGGAUUAAGACUUAAAAAUAAUAAUAAUAAAAUAAUAAUAAUUAAGUAGGACAGUCCAAAGUAGACUUUAAGGGAAACAAAGACCCCAGGAAGUUCUGUUCUGUUUAGUUUAUAAAUAUAUAUAUAUUUUUAUUUGUUCUUUUGUUUUGUUGUUUUGUUUGUUGUUUUGUUGUUGGUUUUGUUUAUUUUUUUCCUCCUCUCCUGGAUAUUUAUUUCUUUGGUAUUUUGAAUAGAUGUUUUAAAUGAUAUGAACCGGACCUUCAAGAGCCUUAAAUAGUUUCUUUGAUAAUUUAUUAUCAUGUGAACUGUACUCAUAGGGGAAAAAAUUAUUUUGUGAGGCCAAGCAAAACUGCGCAGAGUCUAUUUUUCUACAUGUCACGUGUGUCCUGACUUUCAGAAAGCAAAGUUCUGUACGUUCCCACCUCUCCAUUCCAUUGCUCCUUCAUUUCAGCAAGCCUAAAAAACAAGCAAGCAAAGAAACAAACACACUGAAAAAGACAAACUUCAUGGGGGUCCGUAAAUUAUAUUUUUAUACACAGAAUUGUAAAUUAGAUUUUUUUGAGAGAUCAAUACUUAACUGAAUCACAUUUCAUUUUUUGAAAUAGUGUAAAAUAUUGAGAAUAUAUUAUUUUAAUUUAAAUAGUUUCAAAUGUAACGUCAUUUCCUGUAUUGUUUUCCAUGUUUUGCUUUGUAAAAAAAACACCAUUUGGCCACGUUCAUGGAAGUCAAGACUGUUACACCAACGUUUUAUUUGCAAAAACCAUAAGAAACUUUGUUAUUUUUAACUUCAAAAGAAAAAAAAAAGUUUAUUAGAAAAUAAUAUUUUUUAAAAAGCGCACAUGGCGGCGAUUCUGUGACGAUGGAGACGAUAGUUUGUACAGAGGGAAGAAAAGGAUGUUUUGCAUUAAUAAAUUGAGAAAUAACUGCUGUAAAUUUACUAAAAUGUAUUUUUUGAAUAUUUUGUAAUAGUUUUAAUAGUUUUAUAGAAAUAAAAUGUGCCAUGCACAGUCUGGUUAGUAUAUCAUAAUUAAGAGUUCCUGGUGCAUCCCAUUUUUUUUCCCCCUUUUUGCUUAUUGGUUUAGGAAACGUUGCCUAAAGGAGUGCCCAUUGUUUUAUUUAGAUGUGUUUCUUAUAACUUUUAAUUUUGGUACUUUAAUUAAGGAAACUAAUCCAUCACAUCUGCACGUAACCUGGAAUCUCUUGUACUAACAGUAGAACCUCACUCAUUUGCACGAGCUACUGGGAGACGUGGUUUCCCUUCACUGGAGCCCCGGCUCUCCGUCCAUGCUUAGGCAAUGUUUCCCUCUUCCAGCUCCAGUCCCAGCUCCGUGUCCACCUCCUGAUCUGGUCCGGAGACCACAGACUACUCUGAAAAGUGAUUUAUGGGGGUGUUCUAUCACGUUCACCCUUUGAAGCAUGUUAA